UGUGGUUGGUAAAGAUUAAAAUUUUCAAAUUCAGCAAAACCGUUAUAUUUUUAUUGGUGUGUUGUAUUAGUCGUCCUGUAAUUUAUUUAAAACUACUCGAAAACUACAUUAUUAACAUGGAAUCAAGGUUUGACAUAUCUGCUGGUGAGCUGAAAAUGAAACUUGAAGCGAAAUGCAUCAAAGAGGAGAAAGUCGAAGACAUCCCUAAACUCACAUUGGCACCGUUUACGAAUAACACGAAGUUAUUUUUCGAAAAUAGUCUCAUCGGAACCACAUCCAUUCAACAGCUAAUUAUCGAAAACCCCACAACCCAAGAUGUGAAGGUUGCUAUAAAGAAUAUGCCACCGAGCGAAAAACGAGUGCAACUGUCGUGGGAAGUACAAAAUAUACCUGCCUGUGCUGCUGUCUUAUGGGAAAUUACGUGGAUGCCAGACAUUGUUGAUAGUUGGAGGCACACGUUUAGUUUCCAAUUUGGCCGAUGUUUAAAAAAAGAUCUUCCCGUUACUUUUAAAUCUGUUGCAAAUAAGAAACAAGUAAAUCCAAAAAAUCGUUCAUCAGUCAAAGUACCGACACGCCAUUCGUCAGUGACUGCUCCUCACUGUUCGAUUAAUAAUAAAAAAGUAAAUGGAUCAAGUUAUGUUACAAGUAUUUCUAAGAAAAGUACCGUGCGUGCCCAAAAAGAAAAUAUUCCGAAGGUAGUGUAUAGCAAUUUGAACGAGGAUGAUGUGUUUCUACCAUCCAAAUAUACAAGUUUUACAUUGGAAUCUUUUAAUUCUGAAAUACGCAGAGAAACCUACACUGUUAAAGAACGACAGUGUAGUAACGAUCACAACAUUAGUGUUGAUAGUAUAGAUAUGUGUUUGGAAAAUAAUAAAUAUUAUGGAACUGCUUCAGAUACGCUCGCUUUGAAAGUGAAGGAUCUUGUUUUUAGUCCUCUGGGUGAUUCAAAAUAUUUAGCAAAUCUUAGUACAGCUACUUAUACUAAAGAAAAUCGUUUGAACUCUGCUUCAAGUUUAAGUGAGCUGGGACAACGUAUUUAUUCAACAUCUAGUAUAGAAGAAGAAUUGCACAACAUUAGCACCGCUACAUAUACUAAAGACUCUUUACAUUCAAAAUACAAUCCCAUAGAAGAUUUGCACAAUAUUAGUUCAGGGACAUAUACAAAGGAAAGGCAACCAGCAUUUAGCUUGAACGACAGCAACUUAACAAAUAUCAGUACUGCUACGUACACCAAAGAAAAAUAUUUAUAUUCCAUUAGCCCAAAUGCUGACAGUUUGAAAGGGAUCAGUUCGGAAACGUACACUAAAGAAGCUUUGAGCACUGAGAAGUCAAAGGUAAUGAAUGGAAUCAUAAAACAGAGUUCCCCAAUUUGCACGAAGAAAAGCGUGUGGUUUUCGGAAAGUUUGCUUGGGUCGCACGAAAAUGAUAAUAUUCCGUCUGGAUUUAAUUUCUCUCCAAUAUCAUUUGAUACUCCAAACGUACACCAAAAAAACAUGUCUGGGAUGGGCGUUCGUACAAUUAUUGAAGCAAAUCUGUGGGGAUGUGAAAAUGUAUCGGGUUAUAUCACAAACGACGCUCUCAUUACUAAACCAUUGAAGCGCAAGUCUGAGUUGAAUUUUGAGAUUUCUCCCGCGAAAAGAGUGCACAUUAACGGUCAACUAUCCAAUGAGCCACAUAACUUAAAUUGGAAUACAUCGAAGCCGCCUCGUGUGAAAGUUAAGAGUGAUGGUUUCUACUUUGAUCCGUAUAUGGUCCAAUCUGUUUAUCAAGAUGAAGCAUGGAUGGAACGUCAAGAGGGUAUCUUUAAGAAUUGGCUAAAUGCAUUACUGGCGCCUCCUAGCGAAUUAGAUGUAAAUGUAGAGGUAAAUGUUGCUAAAAUUUGGCAAGAGUCUAAACAAAAAGGGGAAUCUGCACCGACACCACUUUCAAAGGAAAGUGUUUCAAGUACAUAUCACACAAAUCAUCGCUUAGACGCACUUAGAAAAUCUGCUUCUGAGUUAUUCCGUAGUCAGGCAGUAGGCAAAGUCAUUGCGACCACAUAUCAAAUUAUUGAAAAUCAAAAGUUGAGCAUUAGACAAGAUAAGAACAUACAUUUAAAUUUGGGCCUCCAAUCCCAAAUUACGCUUGUUUUGUUGAACUAUAAUCCUCUGUGGCUAAGAAUUGGAUUAGAGACACUAUUUAACACAAUUAUCCCCAUAUCUUCUAAUUCUGACGUAAUGGGUUUGCAUAAUUAUAUCAUGCAAAACCUAUUUAAAAGCUCCUUCCUACUACAGAAAUUCAAAUCUGCUCAUUCCCCAAAAUAUGUUGCGGCUAUACAGAAAUUUAUACUGAAAAAACUUUUCGCGUUAGUUUACUUUCUGGAUGUCGCAAAAACCACUACCUUGAUUCCCCAUGAUCCGUGCCUAUUUUCCAAAACCUCGCCGAUAAAAGAAAGUAGAGAAGUGGUCCUGACAUUCUCGCGCGAGUUACUAUCGUCAGUAGGCGACAUUACUAAAGUGCUUCGAUUAAACGGAUACAUUCUAAAUCACAAACAGAAGUACAUUCACGAGUUCGAUUACUGUGUUAACCAUUUGGGAGCGGAUUUGCGAGAUGGCGUUCGUUUGACGCGCGUCAUGGAAUUAAUACUUUUGAAAACGGGUUUAACGGAUUUGCUCAGAGUGCCCGCCGUUUCUCGAUUACAAAAAAUUCACAAUAUGAAGGGUGUAUUUGAUGCGCUAACCGAUGCAGGAUUUGAAAUACUGGGGGACAUAUCGCCGAAAGAUAUCGUAGAUGGCCAUCACGAAAAAACCUUGUCGUUUCUUUGGCAAAUCAUUUACAAGUUUCAAGCUCCAGUUAUGGUUAAAGCGGCGAAUACAAUUAUUAAAUGGUGGAGAAGUUUACAGAUUGUAGUGAAACGCCGAAUAAUACAGAAACGAAGACAUCGUCUGGACACGGCUGCAAUAUGCAUCCAAACAUGGUACAGACGCCUUACACUGGCAUGGAAGAUAGAGCAGUUGGUCCCCGUAGUGAAACAAAUUUUACUGGAAAGGCUUUGUAAUAAUUCUGCUUUAAAGAUACAGGCACUCUAUAAAAUGUAUGCUCAACGGAAACAUUACUUGGCAAUGAAGAAAGCAGUUUUGGUCCUUCAAAGAUUUACUCGUAGCUGCUUGCUAGGGAAGCGAGCACAGAUAAAACGGGGAAGCGUCUUAAAAAUACAAACAUACUUUAGAAUGUGGAUUUGUAGAAGAAAUUUUUUGAAUAUGCGAUCUGCGGCUAUAACAAUUCAGCAAAGGUAUCAUGGAAAGGUGGUUAUGCUGCAACAGAGGAGCAACUUUUUAAAUCUAAAAGUUGCGGUAAUUAAUGUUCAGAGACGGUUUAAAGCAAACAAAUUAAUGAAGAUCCAAAGAGAAGAAUUUCUGUUGUUAAAAUCUGCAGUUAUUACAGUGCAACUUCAUGUUCGAGCCCUAAUCUUAAUGAAACAUGAAAAACAGAAUUACGAUAAAAUUAGAACUGCAGUUAUCACAAUCCAGAAGUAUUUUAGGGGAUAUCAAACUAUGAAGAAGCAAUACUGUCAGUAUCAAAAGCUGAGGUACAGUGCUAUAGUAAUACAGACUAAAUUCAGAGCCUACCACUUAAUGAAAUUGGAAUGUGCAAAAUUCUGUCAGUUAAAGGAAGUCGUGAGAAUUGUUCAGCAGAGAUUCAGAGCUAAUAAAUUGAUGCAGAAUGAGUAUUCAAGUUAUCAACGUGUUAGACAAGCAGCUUUAGUCAUCCAGAAACGUUUUAGAGCCAACCGUGCGAUGAAAAAGGAUUACGCGGCCUUUAAUAAAAUGAAACGCGCUGCAAUAGUCAUUCAAACUUACUUUAGGGCGCACAAAGACAUGAAAAUACAACGUACAUCAUAUGUAACUCUACAGCGUGUGGUUAUUAAUAUUCAAAGAAGGUUUAUAGCCAACAAGCUAAUGAAAUACCAUCGCAGUAGCUUCCUCAGGCAGAGAGCGGCAGUUAUUAAAAUGCAACGGAUACGUAGAGCUACCAAUCUAAUGAGAAUUGAAAAGGACAACUUCACGAAGUUGCGAAAUGCUGCAAUUAUAAUUCAGACUCGUUAUCGCAGCAACAAACAAAUGAAGUUGUGUCGUGCUAAAUUUUUGAGUUUAAUAGCAUCCACAUCACUCAUACAGAAUCGUUUCAGAGCACAUAGAAGUAUGAAAAUUGAACAAAAAAGAUAUGAAAGUUUAAAAAAUGCUACUAUUUGUAUACAGAGGCAUUUUAGAGCAGUCCAGUUAAUGAAAGUUGAGAAACAAAAAUAUGUUCUGCUAAAAAAAGCAGUCAUUUCAAUCCAAAGAAGGUAUAAAGCUAAUAAAUUGACGGAAUUAUACAGUUUACAGUUUAGCAACUUAAAACUAGCUGUACUACGGGUGCAAUUACGUUUUCGGGCCAAUCGCGCCAUGAGGGAGGAUCGCCUCAAAUACCUACAACUAAAAAAAACUGUAGUUAUGUGCCAAGCAGUUUAUAGAGGGCAAAUCGAAAGGAGAUCAUAUCUCAGGUAUAGGAAUGCUGUGAUCACUGUACAAACACAUUUUAGAGCAAGACUGUUGAUGAAAGUACAGCAAGAAAGAUUUAGAGAAUUACAGAGAGCGGCUGUUGUUAUUCAGAGACGAUAUCGUGGACGAGUAUUAAUGAAGAAGGGUAUGUUAGAGUUUCACAUUGAGAGAAAAGCAGUAUUGGUUAUACAAAGAGCAUUUCGGGCUCAUCUACUUAUGAAAAUUGACUAUUCGAAAUAUCAAAAUUUGAAAAUGAGCGUUGUAAAAAUCCAGCAACAGUUUCGUGCUUGGAAAGCCAUGCGAGAGGAACGCAAACACUAUCUGACGUUAAAGAAAUGUGCAACUUUCGUCCAGAGCAAGUAUAGAGCACAAAAACUGAGGGAUGAGUUUAAUACAUUAAAGAAUACAACAAUUUGCAUUCAGAUACAAUUUAGGGCGAAUCGUUUAAGGAAGCAAGAGAUGAGUCGCUAUGCCGAAUUGAAGAAUGCGACAAUAUCUAUACAAAGAAGAUUUCGAGCAAACAGGUUAAUGAGAAUUGUUCACGAAGAGUACACAAAUUUGAAAGGGGCCACCAUUUGUAUUCAAAGAAAAUUAAAAGCAACUCUCCUAAUGAGAAGAGAACGUGAUACCUUUACCAUGCUGCGAAAUGCUGCUAUGGUAUGCCAAACUGUUUACCGCGCCACGCAAGCGAUGCGAGUGGAACGUGAAAAGUAUAUAAUUUUGCGAUCGAAAGUUGUGUUUAUUCAACGGAUUUUCCGAGCCAAUAGAGUGAUGAAGAGGGAUUCGGGGAGAUACGUAACGUUAAAGAAAGCUGCUAUUAUGAUUCAAACCAAGUUCAGAGCAAAUAAGGCCAAACAGUUGCAAUAUUCAAAGUAUCACAGGUAUAGGAAUAUCAUUAUACGCAUUCAAAGACGAUUCAGAGCCAAUCGAGAAAUAAAACGCCAGCGCGAACGUCUUCUCAAUAUGACAAAAGCGGCCGUUACAAUUCAGCGGGGCUUUAGGAGAACACAGAUUGCGAAGGUGGAGCGUGCGCGGUUUAUGGAAACAAGAAAUGCCGCUAUUAUGAUUCAACGUAGGUGGCGGUUAUUCCUGGAAGUGAAUAGAGAUUUAAUAACACUAAAAAGAAGACAGCUGAAAGCUGUGGUUUUAAUUCAGGCGUGUUGGAGGGGACAUGUUGUCCGAAAGAAUCGCCCGGAAGUUGCGGAUAUUAGAAGAAAGAUUAAAAAAGUGACGUCUAAUGCUUUAUCUGAAGAUACCUUAAGCCAACGCAGAGAACGUGCCAUACAGAUCUUGACAGAUCACACAACAUUGCUUCAUAUUUCAAGAGCACUUGAUGAUUUUGAUUUUAUUACUCGUCGUUGUAAAAAUACAUUAUUGGCCAUGAGUCGUGAAUUACCAGAAUACUUAUACAUUACAAUUACUACUACAAAUCGAUCUCCAGGAGAAAUGGAAGUCUGUACUACGGCCACCAGUAUCUUAAUAAAUUUCUGUAAAUAUUCAGAGACAACCAAUUUGGCGUGGAAACCGUCAUACAUGGCUGCCGUUUUUAGUGCAUUGACUCACUGUUGUGAUAAAGAAGAUAAGCUAUUUCCUUACCUUUGCACUUUAAUUUGGUUGUUCGCUCAUAACAACGAGUAUAAAAAUUAUAUCCAGUUGCUGCCGAAAUUUAAGCAGAUAAUUGCGAAAAUUGAAUCUCUCUGCUUAAGAAAACAGAAAAUGGUGUCUCUCAAAAGUCACAAGAUACCAUCCCUGUUUCACGUAUCUGCUAAAUUUUAUAAACCUUCACUUGUACCUGACUGGGGUUUAGAUUACCCUAAUCGACCAAGAACGUUUACGAAUUCUAUUCAUGCGUUGCAUAAUUUAUUGAAGAUAUUAGAUUAAACAUAGCUAUAUUUAAUUAUUGUAUAUUUGAGUACCUCUGUAAAGUAACCUACAUUUAUUGACCAGUGUGUAAUUCUAAAUAUUGUUUAUUGUGUAAAGUUAACAAUGUAGCAUUAAAUCACUUUUUAAUCUUG